AUGCAAUCGAUAUGCACUAAUCUAGCUGAUUUAAGUUCAGAAUUGGCUGCUGUUCGGGCGGAGCAAGAGCGUCAGGCAGAUCUUCUAGAGGAGUCCUGUGAGACGGACACAGGUCCUCGUCCCGCUAAUUGUUAUGAAGCUCUGGAGGAGUCGCAGAAAAGCGGCGUUACUGUGAUCCGUGUGCCCAAGUACAGCCAGAAGUCCUUUAAGGUCGCUUGUGAUCAGGACACUAAUGGCGGAGGAUGGACAAUAAUCUUAAGGCGAACGGAUGGCAGCGAGGACUUCUACCGCGAAUGGGAGGACUACGAAAAGGGAUUUGGCCUAGCUGAUGGUGAAUACUUCGUGGGAUUGGGCAGGUUGCAUGCAUUGACCUCUUCGGUUCGUCAGGAACUUCUGAUCCUUAUGGAGGAUUAUGAAGGAGAGCAGCGCUACGAAUUGUACAAUAAUUUCAGGGUCGGUAGUGAGGCCAAGAACUACACUCUAGAAUCGGUGGGAUCUUUCUCGGGCACCGCCGGCGACUCAUUGACAUAUCACAAGGGAAUGCAAUUUUCCACAAAGGAUCGCGAUAAUGACAUUCACGAAACCAUUCACUGUGCUCAACAUUUUAAAGCCAAUGGCGUCGGGGACAUUGUGGCACGUGUCGUUCUGGUCGGCGAUUUGGUGGGCGUGGCAGCUCCGCUGCUAUUUCCACUGCCACAGCCGCCAUUUCCAUGGAGUCGGAAAAGUUCACCCACUGUGAUGGCCACCUGA